CAAUCGGUUUAGAAGGUUUGGACUCACUUGACAGGUUCAGUUGGAGGCGACCAUAGGUGGCUGCUGUGACAAAGGGAAAUUGUGCUUUUCCAGCAUGCUAACUGACCCUGAUUUACCUCAGGAGUUUGAAAGGAUGUCUUCCAAGCGACCAGCCUCUCCGUAUGGGGAAGCAGAUGGAGAGGUAGCCAUGGUGACAAGCAGACAGAAAGUGGGAGAAGAGGAGAGUGACGGGCUCCCAGCCUUUCACCUUCCCUUGCAUGUGAGUUUUCCCAACAAGCCUCACUCUGAGGAAUUUCAGCCAGUUUCUCUGCUGACGCAAGAGAACUGUGGCCAUAGGACUCCCACUUCUCAGCACAACACAAUGGAAGUUGAUGGCAAUAAAGUGAUGUCUUCAUUUGCCCCGCACAACUCAUCUACCUCACCCUUGAAGGCAGAAGAAGGUGGGCGUCAGAGUGGAGAAUCAUUGUCCAGCACAGCCCUGGGAACCCCUGAAAGGCGCAAAGGAAGCCUAGCGGAUGUUGUAGACACCCUUAAGCAAAGAAAAAUGGAAGAGCUCAUCAAAAAUGAGCCAGAAGAACAAUUAGACAAGAAAAGGAAACAGAAGGAAAAAUACCAGCCUCUCCACUUGCCAAAAGAAUUGUCCCAUUCCUCUCUUCCGUUCAGAGAAACUCCCAGUAUUGAAAAGCUACUAUCAAAGGACUGGAAAGACAAGCUUCUUGCCAUGGGAUCAGGGAACUUUGGAGAAAUAAAAGGGACUCCAGAAAGCCUCGCUGAGAAAGAAAGGCAGCUCAUGGGUAUGAUCAAUCAGCUGACCAGUUUGCGAGAACAGCUGCUAGCAGCUCAUGAUGAACAGAAGAAACUGGCUGCAUCACAGAUCGAGAAACAACGCCAACAAAUGGAGCUGGCUAAGCAGCAACAAGAACAGAUUGCAAGACAACAGCAGCAGCUCCUGCAGCAGCAACACAAAAUUAACCUUCUUCAGCAACAGAUCCAGCAGGUCCAGGGUCAGCUGCCUCCAUUAAUGAUUCCCGUAUUCCCUCCAGACCAACGAACCCUAGCAGCAGCUGCACAGCAAGGAUUCCUUCUUCCUCCUGGUUUCAGCUACAAAGCGGGAUGCAGUGACCCUUACCCCGUUCAGCUGAUCCCAACUACCAUGGCAGCUGCUGCCGCAGCAACACCAGGCUUAGGCCCACUCCAACUGCAGCAGUUGUAUGCUGCCCAACUUGCUGCGAUGCAAGUGUCUCCAGGAGGCAAGAUCCCUGGCAUACCCCAGGGUAACCUUGGUGCUGCUGUAUCCCCUACCAGCAUCCACACAGACAAGAGCACAAACAGCCCUCCACCCAAGAGCAAGGAUGAAGUGGCUCAGCCUCUGAACCUUUCAGCCAAACCCAAGACAUCUGAUGGCAAGUCUCCCACAUCACCCACAUCUCCUCAUAUGCCAACUCUGAGAAUAAACAGUGGGGCCAGUUCACUAAAGUCCUCCGUGCCAGCAACGUUAGCUAGUCCUUCGGCCAGAGCUAACACAAUAGAUAUCCUUUCUUCUAUCACGUCGUCAGGUUAUUUAAAUGACCACGAUGCUGUUACCAAGGCAAUCCAGGAGGCCCGGCAGAUGAAGGAGCAACUUCGGAGGGAACAACAGGUGUUGGAUGGGAAGGUAGCCGUGGUGAAUAGCCUGGGUCUCAAUAACUGCAGGACAGAAAAGGACAAAACAACACUGGAGACCCUGACUCAGCAACUGGCAGUAAAACAGAGUGAAGACGGGAAGUUUAGCCACGCUAUGAUGGAUUUCAACAUGAGUGGAGAUUCUGAUGGAAGUGCAGGAGUUUCAGAGUCUAGAAUUUAUCGGGAAUCCAGAGGGCGUGGUAGCAAUGAGCCCCAUAUCAAGCGCCCCAUGAAUGCAUUCAUGGUGUGGGCUAAAGAUGAACGGAGGAAGAUCCUUCAAGCCUUUCCUGACAUGCACAACUCCAAUAUCAGCAAGAUACUAGGAUCUCGCUGGAAAGCUAUGACAAACCUAGAGAAGCAGCCAUACUAUGAGGAACAGGCCCGACUCAGCAAACAGCACCUGGAGAAAUACCCAGACUACAAAUACAAGCCAAGGCCGAAACGUACUUGCCUUGUAGAUGGCAAAAAAUUACGCAUUGGCGAGUACAAGGCUAUCAUGCGCAACAGACGCCAGGAGAUGAGGCAGUAUUUUAAUGUUGGGCAACAAGCACAGAUUCCCAUUGCCACCGCGGGCGUAGUUUACCCAGGAGCCAUUGCCAUGGCAGGAAUGCCUUCCCCACAUCUGCCCUCUGAGCACUCGAGCGUGUCCAGCAGCCCGGAGCCCGGGAUGCCCGUCAUCCAGAGCACUUACGGCAUCAAAGGCGAGGAGCCUCAUAUCAAGGAGGAGAUGCAGACCGAUGACGUCAAUGGAGAAAUCUACGAUGAAUAUGAUGAGGAAGAGGAUGACCCUGAUGCGGACUAUGGCAGUGACAGUGAAAAUCACAUUGCGGGGCAAGCCAACUGAUCAGGGUCCAAAUAUCUUGUGACCUACAGGACUUCAAGGAGAAAAGAAAAAAUAAAUAAAGCCCCAUCUGGUUUAUCUUUGCCAGUGGCCAAGCACAUUAACUUUCUCAUACACUGACUGUUACUUUAACUGUUAGUCUUAACUAGUUGGGACAUCAGCUGACUAAUAGACAUCAGCCUGCAUCAGAAGAAAAAAGGCUCAGAAGAAAGGAAACAAAGACAACGACGACAACAACAACAGAAUGAUAUAAGCUAUGGGUAAAAUAAUGCCAGUAAUUCAGCUGCUAUACCCAAGCACUGAAGUCUUACCCGUCGACCUUUUAUUAUUAUUAUUUUUUUUUCAAAUAAACUUUAUGGCUGUUUGUUCUACAAUGUUCUAGAAAUUCUCACUCAGGUACACAGUGCCAACAAGUGGCUUGUGAAUGUGUUUUGUUGUUUUGUGCUACAGUUUAAAGAGAAAUAAUUUUUUUUUUUUUUUGGUAAUGCACCUGACAGGAAAGAAAAAAGAUAAAAUUCCUUUUACCCCUUCUGUCUCCUCCUCCUCCUCCUCCUCCCUGGCAAAUCUGGGUCAGAAGUGUGUGUGUGUGUGUGUGUGUGCGCGUGCGUGCCUGUGCGCAUGGCUGGCAAGGAAGGAAGUGGGGAGUCUGUUUCUGUUAACCCCAUCAAGCAAUUAUUUCCUUUCAAGAGAGGACUUCUCUUCAUCAGUUGCACACCAUACUGAGUCUUUGAGCAAGUGCCAAAUUUGUACUAAAGCGCUGAACUAGUCCAAUUUGCUUUUUUUUUUGGUUGGUCUCUUCUUCUUGUUUUGUUUUUCUUUUGCUUGUCUUUUGCUUCCUGCUCUGUCUUAAGUUAGGACAGUGUUGUAUCUUAGACAAUCCCUUGAAGAACCUGAUAUACCAGCAGGUGGUGAGAUUAGACAUAUAUUUUUGGUUUUGGUUUUGCUUUUUAAAGGAAACUGUAGGUGCCGUUCUCAGGUGAAAAAAAGAGAGAGAGAGAGAGAGAGAGACAUAAGAAAUUUAGAGAAAAAAUAUUUUAUGGUCUUGGAUUUUCAUGUGUGCGUGUUUAUGGUACUAAUAAGAAUAAUAUUGGACUAUUGUGAGCAAAAAGCAUGUUCCAGAAUGAAGUCCCGCACCCUCCAAAAAACUUGGUCUGUAAGGAGCCUUUGCUUUUAAUUUACACUUCAAGUGGCAGCAUAUACAACAUAAAAAAGGCUUGUCCAAAGUGUGAUUUGUUCUGCACAGGACAGGGCAACUGGAAAUGUUACCUCCUCGCUAAGCAUAAUUAGUUACCGUGAAUGUCCAGUUUUGAUGAACUUGUACCUUCAGGGUGGCUGAGUACUGAUCUCUGGUUCCAAAAGUGAUUUUGUUUUUAAACUGACAUUUUUUUUCUCCUUUGCACUUGCAGAAAUCCAUUGUUAUCAGUGGGAUGUUUGUGUAGGAAGGAAGACUAAUAGCUAUGAAGAGAUUUCCAUAUUCAAAGUGGGCAUGUAAGAACCUGAACCUUUGCAGUGCUGAGUUUCCCUAGCUGCUGUUUCUCACAAGUGAAAAAUUAUUCUCCUGGGCUAAAAUAUUUUCAGCGUUGUUCUAGAGCCCUUAGAUACAUUGCUUGGGCAUUUUUGCCUUCCUUGGGCAACAGCAACAAGUUGAAGAAGGUAGAUUUACACAAGCGUAAUCCUGAGCAGAAGUUAGCCUCUUGUAUUUACAGAAAUGUAACUGAACGUUACACUUUAUUUCAGAAAAAAUAAUGUCAAUACAGGUGAAUUAAAGAGUCUCUUCCCACCUCCUUACUCUGAUCUUCCUGUAGAAGGAGAGGACCCAAGAGAGUGUAGCAGGGCAGAAGCAUUUAGAUUUCAACCAACCAACCUACCAACCAACCAACCAAAAAGGCUAGCCCUACUUUCAAACAGCAGCUAUCCAGGAGCUCCUCUCUGGCCUGGGAAGGAAAGGCUUAAGCUCAUACUGAGGCAAAAGCCUUCACCUGAGUUGGUUUCCUAGCUGAGGAUGCCACCUUGGUAUUCAUGUUGCUCCCUGAUAAAUUCCUACAUUCCUACUCCUAGAGAGAGACUCAUUGAUAUUGUUACCACUUUUAAGUUGUAAAAAUAGCCCUGUGCAUCUUAGUGCUGGUGAGAUCCCAGCCCAAGCAUUCGCCAGAGACAUGGUCUUCAGUACUUGGCAACAUUGAUUGUGCAAAUGGUCCCUUAAUCAGGCAAAUUUAGCCCGCGGUGCAAUCAGCCAUUUACAUGCGGGUGCAGGAUGAAAGGGGCAGGGAGGAGGAGAGACGGGGAAGGAGGAUGCGGGGGAGCCUUUCUUUGCCUCUUGAAAUCCCACUUGAAGUGUAACUUGACCUCUGCAGACCUUUUGCAAAGCAAACGAGCAAAUGCCAUUGAAGACGUAGGACAAUACUCCGACGAGCGGUUUGGACGUGUGAUAGUUUUACCCUGCGACAUCCGUUUUAUUUUUCUCCCGUUCUCCUUUUUUUGAUAUCCACCUCUGCCUCGAAAAAUUCUUUUCUAUUUUCUCUCUCUCAGAAGAUUUGCUCUGAAGUUAUGCUUGGAGUAGCUGAUCAUAUCCUCCAUGUCAGAGAGGGUUCUUUUCGUUUGUAUUUUAUUACUGUGUUGGGUUUGUUUUUGGUUUUGGUUUUUUGUUUUUUUUUCCGUUGAACUGCCUCUUCUUGCUAGUGUUGUAAUGGUAAUUCUAAUAAUAAUAAUAAUAAUGGUCAGCUGUUCCCAGAUUAGUAAAUUAUAUAUAAUUUAUUUUAUUCCCCCCCCUUUUUUUAACUUUAUUUUAUUCUGUUCUAAUUUGGCAGUGCAGCAAAUGAAGCUGUUAGGCUAUUUAAAAUGGAUACCCCUCCCCACCUUGCCUUUUUAUAUAUAUAUAAAUAUAUAUAUAUACAUAUGAAAACAAAUCGCUUCUUCUUCUGCUCACACCAUUCCUCUUUCUUUUAUUUUAAUUUUGGCCCCAGCCAUGUCAACUUCUGAUGUUUAUUAUGAUGGAGUGAAUUAAUGGGAGUGUUGUUUUCAAUCUUAAUUAACUUCUGCUCUCUCAUCACUCAUUUUAGUUAUUUAAUUACACCAGUCAUCUAGAGCCAAUUUUUUUUGAAGCACUCUGUUUGGAUAAGAAGGAAAAAAAAAAUAGACAAUUGUUUUUAUAUCAUUAUUAUGUACAAUGUGAAAACGGAUAUUUGCUCCUUUUUUUUUUUUUUAACUUUUAAAUUUGUUCCCUGUCUUUGUGAACAAAUUACUUCUGACUCUUGUGGGUUCACCUCACAUUUGCUGGAUGCUUGAUUUCCACCACGUUAUAGAGACUCUCUGGUUUAUUUGUGUCACUUUGGGCUACCAGAAUACUUUGUUUUAGCUCCAGGUAGGUGCCACUGCGGCAGGCGUGAUCAGAGCAAGUCUUAAGAGGCGUGGGCUGGAUGGAAAGCCGGCCCGGGGGAGGUGGAUGGGAGGAAGGCCCUUUGACUUCGGCGGGCCCGAAUUUCAGGUGCCGGGGGCAGCCCCGUGUCCGCGGGCAGGGCUGUGGGACCCCGCUCCCUGCCGCGGCCCGCGCUGGGGCCCAGCUGAAGGCCGGCGUAGCUCCCGGACGCGGCCCCGUCUGAGAGACUGCGCGGGGGCCGGCGGUUGGGUCAGGCUUUCCGCAUGGGUAGCUGUAGCAGACUAUCCACGUCCUGCAUUCGGGUGUUGAAACCGAUGCAGCAAUGUUAAAAAGGAAAAAAAGGCCACAAAAAAGGCCAAAAAAAAAACAAACAAACAAACAAACAAACAAACAAACAAAAAAGGCUCUGGGGUCCCAAACCAGCAAAAUACUUAACGCCUGUGCUAAUGUUUUGUUGGGUCCAAGGUUGAGCACCCAUAUGUCCUUCGGCAGUAGAAGACCAGAUUUGAAAAUGAGGCCCUGUUUGUCCCUCUUUAAUUUCUUAGGAAAAAAAAAAAAGAAAAAAAAAAAAAAAAAAGGAAAAAAAAAUAACAAAAAACAAAACAAAGCAAAACAUACAUUUAUAAAAAGAUCUCCUUGUCUUGUUUCUUUUUUUUCCUGGGUUCUGUGCCCUGGAGCAUGUAGAAAAACCAGGUUAGAGGAGAUUAGGAUCAUAUUAACCUAAAAGCGCAACGAGGCCCUAAUGCCGAGGCAGGCUUCGUUCCCUUCUUCCCUGGGAACCUGGCGAGCGAGGAUGGUCUUGGGGAGCUGCCGGGGGGGGCGUACGGGCCAUCUCCUCCUAAAUUAGGGAGCCGCUUACGCCAUGUGUCUUGUGAGCAUACAAAAGAACAACACCAGCAGUGGGGAAAAGGGGAAAAGAAGAAAAAAAACUGAGGCACUUGCUUCUAAGCUCAGUUAAAUAACACAGAGUAUAUCCUUUUUCAAUUUAUUCAUGCCUUAUAUUAGUAAAAUAGGAUUUUUAAGUGCAUUUAACAUCUUUAUUUAACCGUUCCGCUAUAUUAAUCAGGCCCCCAGAAAAGAACACUAGCUAUUAUUAUAGCAUUUAAUUAGUUUUGUAACCAAAUCCUCUUAUUACGAAUGCAUAUGGAAGAAUUUCUUUCUUCGAAGACAUUAUUUCAAAGAUUUGGUUACUGCGGUAGACUCUCUCUUUAAUUAAAUCAUUUUUUAGAAAGUAAAUUGUCUUUAACCUUUUUACAGCACAUUUUCAGAGCUUUUUUCUUUUUAAUCCAAAGAGAUGAGCUGUUAUUGUCCCCGAAGAAGCCUCUGACAUCACGUUCGUAACAUCAAAAAUAAUUAUACUCCGUGAAAACGUAGACCUUACUUAGCAAGAAUUCAUCUGCUAGAAUGAAUGGCAACUAUAUGAUAUCUCAUACGUUUAAGGGCAUGAUGUAUCAGAUAGGAAGUAUUUUUGUCUGCCCACUUCCCGAUAGAAUCAUACCUUCAAUUUUGCAAAGAACUGUGUGUAAUUCACUAGAUGUGGAUUCAAAUCUAUCCUCAAUUCACAGGGCAUGGGCUGGCUGUUUAGCUUGGUUUAUAUUUACAUUUUUUCAACUUUAUCUUAACUUGUCAGUUUCCCAGAUUGAAGAACAUGUCAAGUUCGUUUUUUCUACUGACUGAUUUCUCUACUCCCCAGUGUUUUUGUCACUGGUUUGCUGAAACAGUAUUUAUAUAGCUCCAUUGGCUCUAAAGCUCUUACUCCUUCUAACGUUUUGGAUUUUACAAGUGAAAUGAAAAUAGAAAAGAAAUAGAGACAAUCAAAUGCCUGGAGCUUAAAACAAAGUAUGUGCAACCUACCAUCUCACUUGAAAUUUAAUAAAAGAAAUAAUUAUGUAAAUAUAACAUAGAGUUAUAGAUUUAUAUUUUGUUCAUAACACAUAGUGUAAUAUAAGUUGUAUAUUUUCAUGUUUUGGUUUUAUGUUAUCAUUCAUGCCACAAUAAAUAAAAAAAAACAGGAGUUGAUGUACUCUUUAAAAAAAAUACAAUGUGGGUUGCCACCAUCCUGGGUUUUUGGUUUUGGUUUUUGGUUUUUUGUUUCUUUUGCAUUCCCCUUUUUCAGUAUUACUGCCCUGCAAGGCACCAAUAAAACAGCAAAUGUGUUCUUUACCUA